AUGGAUUUUUCGAUUCAGUGGCUGAUGCUGAUUGGUUCGUGUAUCGCCGUACACGAACCGGUCAGCAAUAAAGUGAACACUGGUGCGGCAGCUGGGACGAAAACGAAAGACAUUCGUGAUUACACUGAUGCGGACAUGGAGCGACUUUACGAAGAAUGGGAGGCUGGCAGCGAACCUUUAGAGGAGGACGAACUUCCGGAGUGGAAACGUCCGCCCCCGAAACAGUCAUUCGAUCCAUCCAAGGUUUCCAACCCAGAAGAGCUAGUAAGAGCUUCGAAAAAGAGUCGUACUCUUAUGAUGUUCGUAGGCGUUUCCGGAACUCCUUCUCGUGACGAACUCGAGGAUAUAACCAAACUGUGGCAAACCAGUUUGUUUAACGCACAGAUCGAUGUGCAAAGGUUUAUCAUAGACGAUCAUCGCGCGAUUUUCAUGUUCAGCGACGGCGCAGCGGCUUGGGAUGCAAAAGAGUAUUUGAUAAAUCAAGAACGCUGUUCAGAAGUUACGAUCGAAGGUCGCAGUUAUCCCGGAAAGGGCGCGAAGGCGACGAACAAAGACGAGCUGUAA